UCUUAAUUGAUUGCUGAAACGUGGUCAUUAGUUGUCUUUGAAAUCUUCAAAAUAUCUGCCCCUCCCCCUCCUCCUCUCCCUUCCUCUCUCUCGCUGAACUCAGAGGUCAGCUUCUUUCGCGGCGACGCUGGAUACCAAAGGGAAGUAGAGAAAGGGAAUGAUCGAGGGUUCUGUAAAACGUGUGGAAACUGACCUUGUUAGACGGAUAGUAGAAAGCAGUCAUUCUAAGAAGAUAAUAGCUUAUGAUCAAUAGUUCCUUUACAAUGCCCAAGGGUGAAGUCCAAUUUAUUCUCUUAGUGAAUGCAGGACCUCGGCCUUCCAUUGUUAAAAUUAUUGAGACAGGUACGGAAACAAAAAAAAAUCAUGUGCAGUCGAAUCAAGUGUUAAAAAAGAAAACAAGAAGGAGACAUGGGAAGAAGAAGCCAAAUUUACUGCAAUAUACAGGUCCAACUGAGAACCUGCCUCAGGAAUAUGGUCAGAGUGAUGCUAAUCAUAUGCAUGGAUUGUCAACCUUAAGUCUAUUUGAUGAAAGAAGUGAUGAUGUCGUAGUUAUUUCAUCAGGAGGUGUUAGAACCAUGAAUGAAGAGGACAACAGAUCUGGGAUUUCAAAUCUCUCAAUUGUAAGAACACCUGUUUGCGAUACAGAGAAAAAGCUUCUUAUUCUUGAUAUAAAUGGAUUACUUGCAGAUAUAGUCUCUCCUCCUCCAAAGGGACUUCCAUCUGACAUAAGAAUUCAAGGACGAGCAAUUUUCAAGAGGCCCUUCUAUCUUGAUUUUCUUAAGUUCUGCUUUGAGCAUUUCGAAGUGGGUGUGUGGUCUUCAAGAUCCAAGAGAAUUGUGGAAAAAGUGAUUGAUUAUCUGAUGGGUGAUAUGAAGCACAAGUUGCUGUUUUGUUGGGAUCUAUCCCACUGUACUGCAACAGGGUUCAGGACUCUAGAAAAUAAGCAUAAGACCUUGGUGUUUAAGGAGCUGAGGAGAAUAUGGGAAAAACAAGACCCUAGUCUUCCGUGGGAGAAGGGCGCAUAUAACGAAUCAAACACAGUGUUGUUGGAUGAUUCUCCCUAUAAAGCCUUGCUUAAUCCUGCACAUACUUCAGUGUUUCCUUAUCCAUUCACGUUCCAGCGAGGGAGCGACACUUCAUUAGGUCCUGGAGGUGAUAUUCGGGUCUAUCUGGAACGGUUGGCUGCGGCUGAAAAUAUACAGGAAUUUGUAGAGCAACAGCCAUUUGGCCAAGGACCUAUUAAUGAAAGUAGUGCAUCUUGGCCAUUCUACCUCAAGGUUCUUGGAAAGGUGCAUACUAUGGAAACCGCCAACAUAACCUAUAGUUCUACGGUGAAGCGUUAGGUAUGAAAAACACAUUACUUGUAUUUUUGCCAUGGUGAUCAUUUGUGUGGAACUCCUCUCUCAUCCUCGAAAGGAGUAUUCUUCCAAACCUUUGCCAAACAAGUGGAGCUGGUGAUUUGCCAGAACAGCCGCAGCUGGUUGGAAAUUUGACCUCGUAAAGAAACUGUAAUUGAAGUGUUUAAUUAUUGGAACAAAUACUGGAAAUUUACUUUCUGGUGGUUCCAUUUUGGAAGAUUGUUAUCAUUUCAGAUAUCAGAUAUCGACAUUCAAUUCACAUGGUGGUUUUCAUUCA